GAUGGAGACUGUUGAUCUCUGACGCCCCCAACCGCACGUGUAAACCAACGAGAUUGUAUAGAUAGAGUAGAAGAGGAGCGAAAGGUCAGAGGAGCCUCUGUUAGUGGUAAUAGCGGAUGCGAGGAAAAAGAGAGAACAAUGGAUGGCUCGUCUUUUCAAGAUAAGUCUACCAAAGAUGUGGACCAUGAGCUGCAGGAUUUUAUUAUGAUGGAGAAGCAAAAGGCACAAUUUCAAGCCCAGAUUCAUGAAUUCAAUGAUGUAUGUUGGGAAAAAUGUGUUGAUAAACCAGGAAGCAAAUUGGACAGUCGGACAGAGACAUGUUUAAACAAUUGUGUUGAUAGGUUUAUAGAUGUUUCUCUUUUAAUUACAAAUCGUUUUUCACAACUCUUGCAAAAAUCUGCAGGAAUGAUGUAGUUUAUUUAUAAAUUGUGUUGGUAUUGUAGACAAUUAUAAAUAAAAUUAUUUUUAUUCGUGUAUGUGCAACAAAAAAAUAUUUGAUUUGUAUAAUAAUAAAUAGAAAAGUAAGCUGACAAAUAAAGGAGUUAUUUUUUUCA